GCAAUGGCUUCCGCUGGGAUUAACAAGAGAAAGUUGAAGCUCUUAAUCUGCCUGGUCUUGUGUGUGACCGCGGUAAGAUGUGAAGAUGCAAAGAAGAAUGUUGCCAAGAAAGAAGUAAUUGCGAAAGAACCAGUAAAAACUGCAGCAGUUAAGGAUCCCCUCAAGACUGAAGCCAGUGCACCAAUUACCGCUGCUGAGACAAGCAGCACAGGUUGGUUUGAAGGACUCCCUUCUAGUGGAUCCGGUGGACCAUGGGCGUCCGGAGGUGGUUCUGGAGGAUCUGGACCAUGGGCGUCCGGAGGUGGUUCUGGAGGAUCCGGACCAUGGGCUCAGGACAGUGACAGUGGAUCAGGCCCGUGGGAUAGUGCCGGAAGCAGGGGUCAAGGCCCCUGGGACCAGAGUAGUUUCGGUGGCUCAAGUGGAUCCGGUCCGUGGAGCCAAGGUGGCUACGGCGGCGGCAAGUUCGGCGGUGCCGGAUCUGGUUCAUGGAGCACAGGCGGACAACUCUCGUCCAGCUCAGGGCCUUGGGAUCAGGCAGGAAAAUUCGGCAUUACCCAGUUUUCUCAGAAUGCACAAGCUGGACCAUGGAAGGGAAAAACGUCUGCCGGUCCAGCACCAUGGGCUCAGGGUGGUAGUGGCUUUGGAAAGGGUGGUGCAGGAUCUGGACCCUGGGCAUCAACCGGCGGAGGAGCAGACUACGGCGAUGUACAGCCAUGGGACGGUGGAAGAGGUUCAGCUGGAUCCGGACCAUGGGACCAAGGUGGAUUCGGAGCUGGUAAGGGAAGCAGCGGCACCGCCCCAUGGAAGCAGGGAGGCGCACAAAAGAAAGGCGGAGCUGGGGGUCCCUGGGCCCAAGCUGGAUUUGGUCAGAAGUCCUUCGGUUCUGGAUCUGGACCAUGGGAUAGUGGGAGUUUUGGACCUAAGGGAGCUGGUGGAGCAAAGCCAUGGGCUCAAGGAGGUGUCGGAGGAGGACGCGGUGCAGGAGGAGCUAAGCCUUGGGCACAAGGUGGAUUUGGGGAUAGGCUGACUGCCGGAGGUGGCAAGCCAUGGGCGCAAGCAGGUUUCGGCGGUGGAUCCGCUGGAGCUAAGCCAUGGGCGCAAGGAGGUACUGGUGGUGGAUCUGGUGGAGCUAAGCCUUGGGCACAAGGAAGUUUCGGUGGUGGAUCCGGUGGAGCUCAACCCUGGGCUCAAGGAGGCUUUGGUGAUGGAUCCAGUGGAGCUAAACCUUGGGCGCAAGGAGGAUUUGGUGGUGGAGCCGGCGGAGCUAAGCCUUGGGCACAAGGUGGUUCUGGUGGUGGAUCCAGCGGAGCUAAGCCAUGGGCUCAGGGAGGUUUUGAUGGCGGAUCCAGUGGAGCUAAACCAUGGGCUCAGGGAGGCUUCGGGAGCGGCAAAAGUUCCGGAAAGUCUGCGUCGUGGCAGCAAGGUGGUGGGUUUGGAGCGGUCGGUGGCUCUUCACAGCCAUGGGCUGGCGCCGGAGGUACCUCCGGAGGAGGAUCUGGACCAUGGGCUCAGGCAGGUUUCGGUGGUGGACAAGGAGGCGCUUCAGGACCUUGGGAUCAAGUGGGCUUCGGAGGCUCACGAGGUGGUGCACAAGGACCCUGGAAAACAAAAUCAUCUUUCAAGUCACAGGGAGGUUACGGCGGAUCUGGUCCUUCUCAGCAAGGUGGAUAUGGAUCGUCUCGAGGAAGUGGAGCAGCUGGGCCAUGGGCAAGUGGAGGCUCAGGAUUUGGAAAGAGUAGUGGAAAGUCUUUCGCCGGAUCUGGUCCAUGGGAUCAGUUAGGUUUCGGAGCCGCGAAAGGUGGUGCUGGAUCUGGUCCAUGGGCAAGCGGAGGCAGCGGAAGCGGCGCUGGGCCUUGGAGUCAGGGUGGUGGAAAGGCUAGCGUCUCUUGGACCCAGACAAUGUUCGGCGGCCAGGGACCUUCGGCACAGAAAGGAUACGGCGGCGGCUUCGGUGGCGCAAGGGGAGGCGCUGACCCAUGGCAGAGCGCCCAAGCUGGCAAAGGAGGUUCGGGGCCUUGGCAGGGAAGUCAAGGGGGAUCUGGUGGCCUUGGACCAUGGCAGGGUAGACAAGGAGGUUCAGGAUCAGGACCAUGGCAAGGCGGUCAAGGUGGAUCUGGGGGCUCGAGGCCAUGGCAAGGGGCUCAAGGUGGAUCUGGGGGCUCAAGACCUUGGCAAGGCCUUCAAGGUGGAUCUGGCGGCUCAAAGCCAUGGCAAGGAGCUCAGGGAGGCUCCGGUGGAAUCGGCGGCCCAUGGCAGGGUCAGGGCGGACAAGACGACGGCAGUGUUGCUGUAUGGAUCGGGGACGUGAGCCAGAAAUCUGGUGGAGCCGGAGGCAGGAGGAAGAGCAACUAUGGCCCACCUGGAGGACCUGGCUGGGAAGCAAACCAGGGACCUGCCGGAGGCUGGGAUGAUGAUCAACAACAGCGCGGUGGAGGCUGGCAAGGAGGCCAAGGCAGUGGUAAGGGCGUUGGAAAGGUCCAGUGGACAGUCAGCCGUAGCAGUCCAUGGGCAGAACCACAGACGUGGAGCGCUUCGUGGACAACUGAUGGAUCUCAUCGUUCCCAAGGGCACAGUAGCGGAGUAGGCCAGAUGAUGUUUGGUGGCGUGGCAGACUGGAUGACUGCCGACAAGUAUGGGUCCAAGUUCGGCGGCGGCGGCGGCGGCGGCUGGCCACAGCAACUGACAUCAGGUGACGGUCCAUGGAGCAGUGCCAGUGGCAAGAGCCGCGGGUGGUAAAAACAGUCCAUCCGGCAUCUCUACGCGCCGCACUGCCAUUCAACAACAAGGAAGGUCACCGCCAUGGAUCAUUCGCUUCUAAUUUCUCUCGCCGCAAACAGGGUGUUCACACCUUACAUUUCUGCCUGGAAGGAAAUCCGUCUCUUUUGUGUGAAUGCGCUUUGCCUGGCUGUUGGACCGUUUCGCUUGUGAUGCGUGCUUGGUUCGAAUGCUUGGUGACCGUCCGCGAAAAAAAAAAAAGGUAACCACGUGAAGCACCGUAUCAGAGGUGUUCUGCGCGCCGCUGACGUGACCAUGUGUGCGUGCCAAUAAUGUAAAUUUGGUGAAUUUUUUUCUAAAAAUGUUUGAACGUGGUAGUGUGUGUAUGUGUGUGUGUGUCUGUGACAGUAUGCAUGUGUUUGCGCGCAUUUUGUUUUGUUUAUUUCUCUAAAAGCCAAAAGUGCUGGUGUGAUGCUGGUUUCCCUGCCACGGUGUGCAUGAUCGUGCGAAUGCUUAAUUGUCUGCACUACUGAUGUAUAUGUCAUCAUGUGCUACUCAUUUGCGUAUAAUACAAUAUGGCAACUGUGCCAGUGUUCUGAAAAUAAACAGAUACA